GGGGGUGGAACGUUACCGCGCGCGGUCCGUCUUCGGCUAGAGAACCAGGCCGGCAGAGAGCGCAGGGCGUCCGGGCUUGGCGCGUGACAGCCAGACCGUUACCUGCGCGAGCGGAGCAUCCCGAGCCCGGCCGGCGCGCGUGCGCGCUGCAGGGAGAUGAACCUGGAGCGCCUGAGGAAGCGGGUCCGGCAGUACAUAGACCAGCAACAAUAUCAAAGUGCCUUGUUUUGGGCAGACAAAGUUGCGUCGCUGUCUCAUGAGGAACCUCAGGACAUCUACUGGCUGGCUCAAUGUCUCUACCUGACAGCUCAGUAUCAUAGGGCAGCACAUGCCCUUCGCUCACGCAAGCUAGAUAAGUUAUAUGAAGCAUGUCGAUACCUUGCUGCUCGAUGUCAUUAUGCUGCAAAAGAGCAUCAACAGGCUCUUGAUAUUCUUGACAUGGAAGAGCCAAUCAAUAAAAGACUAUUCGAAAAAUACUUGAAAGAUGAAAGUGGAUUGAAAGAUUCUACCAGUGAUUGGGAGAUGUCACAAUCCUCUAUCAAGAGUUCUAUUUGCCUUUUGAGAGGGAAGAUCUAUGAUGCUCUGGAUAAUAGAACCCUAGCAACAUACAGCUACAAAGAAGCCUUGAAGCUUGAUGUUUACUGCUUUGAAGCAUUUGACCUUUUAACAUCACAUCAUAUGCUAACAGCACAAGAAGAAAAAGAACUUCUUGAAUCUCUUCCUCUUGGUAAACAGUGUACAGAAGAGGAGCAAGAAUUGCUCCAUUUUCUGUUUGAGAACAAACUGAAAAAGUAUAAUAAGCCAAGUGAAACAAUAAUUCCUGAAUCUGUAGAUGGUCUUCAAGACAAUCUGGAUGUAGUAGUGUCCUUAGCUGAAAGGCAUUAUUAUAACUGUGACUUCAAAAUGUGCUACAAGCUUACUUCUGUAGUAAUGGAAAAAGAUCCCUUCCAUGCAAACUGUUUACCUGUACAUAUAGGGACGCUCGUGGAGCUGAAUAAAGCAAAUGAGCUAUUCUAUCUUUCUCAUAAAUUGGUGGAUUUGUACCCAAAUAAUCCUGUCUCAUGGUUUGCAGUAGGAUGUUAUUAUCUCAUGGUUGGUCACAAGAAUGAACAUGCCAGAAGAUAUCUCAGCAAAGCCACUACACUUGAGAGAACUUACGGACCAGCUUGGAUAGCAUAUGGACAUUCAUUUGCAGUUGAGAGUGAGCAUGACCAAGCAAUGGCUGCUUACUUCACAGCAGCCCAGCUAAUGAAAGGCUGUCAUUUGCCAAUGCUCUAUAUUGGACUAGAAUAUGGUUUGACCAACAAUUCAAAAUUAGCUGAAAGAUUUUUCAGCCAAGCCUUAAGCAUUGCACCUGAGGAUCCCUUUGUUAUGCAUGAAGUUGGAGUGGUUGCAUUUCAAAAUGGAGACUGGAAAACUGCAGAAAAAUGGUUCCUUGAUGCACUAGAGAAAAUUAAAGCUAUUGGAAAUGAGGUAACAGUUGAUAAAUGGGAGCCAUUAUUGAACAACUUGGGACAUGUGUGCAGAAAGCUCAAGAAGUAUGAAGAAGCAUUAGAAUACCAUCGUCAGGCCUUAGUAUUGAUUCCUCAGAAUGCUUCCACUUACUCUGCCAUUGGAUACAUACACAGUCUAAUGGGCAAUUUUGAAAGUGCAAUUGACUAUUUUCAUACGGCCCUUGGUCUUAGGAGGGAUGACACAUUUUCAGUCACCAUGCUUGGACAUUGUAUAGAAAUGUAUAUUGGUGAUUCUGAAGCUUACAUUGGAACAGAAAUUAAGGACAAAUUAAGAUGUUAUGACUUUGAUGUACACACUAUGAAGACAUUGAAGAACAUUAUUUCACCUCCCUGGGAUUUCAGGGAAUUUGAUAUAGAAAGACAAACGCUGGAUGAAACUGGUAUUGUGACACUGGAAACAACAGAUCAAAGGAAAACUACAGAUACUACUCGUCCAUUAGAAGAAACCUUUGAGAUUGAAAUGAAUGAAAGUGAUAUGAUGUUAGAAACAUCAAUGUCAGACCAUAGUUCAUGACUAGCACUGGUACAGAUCUCAUUUUGUCAAAAUGUUUUACAUUUUGAUUUAGCUUUUUUAUUGUCUUGUCAUGCAUUCAGGAAUUUGCUAUUUUUAUACAAAUCCCAGCUACAAUUCACCAGAGAAGUAAUGUCUGCUGCCUUAAGACUUAUAAAAUAUUCAUUACCAACAGACUAUUUCCAGUUUUACUGUUCUACAGAAUAAUCUUACAUAAUGGAAUAAAAGGUAAAACUCAUGUUUUAUGUUUUUAGAACCCUGUGACUGCUCUUAAGACUGUGAAACUUUAAACAUAUGUCCUGAAAAUGGAAUAGUAUAUAAUAUUAAUCAAAUUGAGUAGCAAAGGGCUACUGUAGAAGUAUUCUGGCUUCUGAAUUUUCAUCGUAUCUGUGAGGAACAUUUUACCAUAGGCCAAAAAUAACGCUAGGAUUUUGUUGUUAAUAUAUUUUAUUCUUUUAAGACAGGAAUAAUUUACAAUGUCCAUUAUUUUUUUCAGCCUCUAUGUGCAUUUGUGGAGAGCAAUUUUUAUCAGUUGAACCUAAUUUGCUUAUAUAUUAAAUUGAUGUCAGAUCUUUUUCAGCA